CUUUUAGCUUCAGUUUAUUACUCCAUUGAUUUUUUUUGACAGAAAAAAACAUGGCUGGUGGGAUCGCGCGUGGUCGUCUCGCUGAAGAGAGGAAAGCAUGGCGUAAGAAUCACCCACAUGGUUUUGUGGCAAGGCCGGAGACUGGUCCUGAUGGGUCUGCCAAUUUGAUGUUGUGGCGUUGUAUUAUCCCGGGUAAACCUGGGACUGACUGGGAAGGGGGUCACUAUCCACUGACAAUGCUCUUCAGUGAAGACUAUCCUAGCCAACCCCCGAAGUGCAAGUUUCCUCCAGGUUUCUUUCAUAUAAAUGUCUAUCCUUCAGGAGAUGUAUGUUUGUCUAUCCUCAACACGGACUUGGGGUGGAGUCCGGCGAUUACAGUUAAACAACUUUUGGUGGGCAUCCAAGAAUUACUCGACGAGCCAAAUCCAAGUUCUUCAGCACAAUUUGAGUGCCAUAAGCUCUAUGUGCAGAAGGAUAAAACUGAGUACAAGAAACGAGUGAAGGCGCAGGCUAAGCAAUAUCCAGCUCUACUGUAAUAUUAAUUAGCUGGUUUAGAACUAGUACUUAUGUAAAUAAUUAAAUUAAACUUUCUCCUGAGUCUUAGCAAUGUCAGUAGGAUGUUAGGGCCAUCUUUGUAUCCUGGUUCCUUUUUUGGAGGAUUGUUAAAUAACUUAUUUAACUACCACCCUAUUCCCAGUAUAAGAUUAUGAAUACUGAGCAUUA